GCGUUGAAAAUCGGAGGAACCGUUACUUACUGUCUGAUCAUCAUCGUUUCACUGGUCGCAAAUUCUCUCAUUGUUAUCAUCGUUUGUAAAACGCCGAACUUAAAAAAACCGAUAAAUUAUUUUAUCGCAAACAUGGCCUCAUCUGAUUUGCUGUAUCCAAUAUUCCUGAUACCUUGGCGCCUGUCCAACUUGCACACCAAAUACUCGUUUCUUAUAGGUGGUCAGCUUGGUCAGGCCUUGUGUAAGCUUGUCCCUUUCUUUAGUAACGUUUCCAUUGUCAUGUUGACUCAGAAUCUGAUUCUGAUAGCAGUGGAUCGAUUUGGAGCCGUGCUAUUUCCACUCCGUUUGCCACUCAUCAGAGCCAAGCUGUGUUCCUUCUUCAUUCUUGCCACGUGGAUGUUUGCCAUAGUUUUUAUUUCGAAAGAUUUGUUGGCCUUCGAGCUCGUUGAAUACCCGGAGGGAGCCAGGUGUGUACGGAGAUGGAAGAAAGUACUCGGAGAAUCCUCGUCCUUUGCCAGUUUGCUUCUAGCUUACAACAUUCUGUUUACAUACAUCCCUGUGCUGUUGUUAAUCAUUCUUUACUCCAUCAUCUUUAUCAAGUUCAAGACACAAGCACACCCAGGUAAACAGUCGACCAACAAACAGCAACAACGGAAAAGAAAAAACGGAAACGUUCUUGAAAUGUCCAUUGCUAUAGUAACAGUGUUUGUGCUUUGCUGGUUACCUUUUAGUACUAACCAUUUAAUGAUAGCGUAUCAGGAUAGUUCUGCUCAUUUCUCGUGUAGUUUCCAGAUAUACUUUGAUGUAACCUACUUUAUGAUUCACUCUGCUCAUUAUCCUUUCACUGGCCGCAAAUUCUCUCAUUGUUAUGAUCGUUUAUAAAACGCCGAACUUAAGAAAACCGAUAAAUUAUUUCAUCGCAAACAUGGCCACAUCUGAUUUGCUGUUUCCAAUAUUCUUCACCCCUUGGACACUGUCACACUUGCACACAACCUCGUUUCUUAUCGGUGGUCGGCAUGGCCAGGCCUUUUGUAAGCCUGUCCCCUUCUUUGGAGAAGUUUCCUUUAAGGUUUCGAUUCAGAAUCUGAUUCUUAUAGCAGUGGUUCCAUUUGGAGCCGUGGUGUUUCCACUCCGUUCACCACUCAUCAGAUCCAAGCUGUGUCCCUUCUUCAUUCUUGCCACGUGGAUAGUUGCCGUAGCAAUCUCUACGCCAUACUUGAUCGCCAAAGAGCUCGUUGAAUCCCCAGAGAGAAACUUAUGUGUUACGAAAUGGAAGAAAGUAUUCGGAGAGUCAACGUCCCGUACCAGUUUGCUACUAGCUUACAUCAUUCUGUUUACAUACAUCCCUGUGCUGUUGUUAGCCAUUCUUUACUCCAACUUCUUUAUCAAGCUCAAGACACAGGACACCCAAGUGAACAGUCCGCCAACACUCAGCAACAGCGGGAAAGAAGAAACCGAAACGUGCUUCAAAUGUCCAUCGCUAUCAUUACAGUGUUUGUGUUUUGCUGGUCACCUCACUCUAUCAACUUUUUAAUCAUACUGUAUCAACACAGUUCCAUCACGCAUUUCUCGUGUAGUUUCUGGAUAUACUAUGAAGUCACCAUUUUUAUCUGUUUCAUGAUUUGCAGUAAUUACCGAAAAGCUCUUAAAGGCAGGGGGGAAGGUAACUCUAUUGUUUUCCACCUAAGUUUUCUGUUUGGUCUCUAUUUUAACACUAUUUUUCCUUUUGGCCUUUUUUUUCUUUAUUCUUACUGCUGACCGUGCUGGCGUGCUGGUCAUGCACUUGGAUCAACGUAUAUUUUAAGCUCAAGUCCGGAGUUUUAUCUUGGAAGAGGGAUUUAAAAGCUCUUGACCUGCAUACUGGCCAAGCUUAUGACCAGAGAAAUACCAUAAGCUGUCAAGAAAUGUCCCUCCUCUAAAACAGCUGAAUUUUUUUUCGACGUUAGUUGACAUCAUGACAAUCAACACACAGUACACCACAAAAUGUACUUAUUUACAUCCAACACCUACCCACCAGUGACCCUCAGACGAAAGUUAAACUUGCCUUUUGCACAUCGUCGUAAUCGUCAGUAUUAUUACCCUAAAAUCUCCACUGGGUUUGCCGACAAAAAAUAAUUAAACGUAACCUUUUAUUGGUUUUCGGGAUUUAAUUACAAAAUUACAGGUGUAUGCCUAAUACAGCAUUAAAAUGCGGUAAAGCAACAAGAUUCAGUGCUCACAGGCUCUCACAAAUACCUGUCAUUUAGCUUCGUCUUUCAACGCUACAGCUAAGAAAACUUUGAGAGGAAUGAUAUGGGGUUCCACUAGAUCUGAAGAGCUGAAAAUACGCACAAUGUAAAGUAUAAUACAUCCUUUGAUGAACCUCCUAUCGGUGUGUCUAAACUCCUCAGUCUUGCUGUGCACUGGCCCUCAAAAGUGUGACCGGUUGUUGUGACUGCCCGUAAAAUUUGCUCGACGAUAGAAAGGAAUCUUUAAAAUUUAUUACAACACUGGACAUUUCAUUACAAAAAGGUACUUAAUUCUAGUUUUCUAGACCAUAGAAACCUUAAGAUCUCCAAAUCCAAGAAAUCAGAACAGUAUUUCCGUGAUAAAAUCGAAAUUUUUAUCCUUCUCUUUGAUGAACACUUUGCUCGCCAUUUUGAAAGUCACUGACGCGAGACGUGACGUCAUACUGGCAGGCGGACUGUACCACAGAUUUCCUUUCAUAAAGUGUUCUUUUGUAAAGGCGUAGGUCGCAUAAUUUCUGAGGGAGGGGGGACGUCUGUACACAGGCUAAGGUCGCAAAAAUGUGCUUUUUGUUGAUAAUGUUUAGAGAUAGAGCUUCGUGGAACACGCGCCUGAAUAAAAGUGAUCAUGACUAUCAGUUUAUUUUUAGUAGUAUUAUCGAAAAAAUCUUAGAAGACUCAUGAAAAUUAAAAGUUCUUUUGUACAGUCAUAAGUCGCAAAAAUGUGCUUUUGAUAGAAUACGUUAAGAGUUAGAGGUACGUGCAACACUCGUGGAUAAAAAAUCACCACGACUGCCGUCGGCACACUUUUAAACAGGGGCAUCCAACGAGAAUAUAGUUCAAAACCACUUAAACAUGGCAUUGUUGAACGUAUUUUAGUAUUUAAACGGUAGAUAUAGGCAUAUUUUCAUCCACUAAAAAUAUUUCAUCUGUUCGGAUUUCCUAGCUGAAAGUCUAGUGAUCCGAAAAUUAUAGAGAUCAAAACUUACCUUUUCGAAAAUUUCAGCCAGAAAAAAGGCUCCCGAAAAUUCUAGGUGACCUUUUUAGGGUAACAAUCCGUUAAAAAUGGGCAAUUAUACGAUUUUUGGGGGGUUCGAAAAUCCUAGGAGGAGAGGCAGGCAAGCAAGAAAUUUUACAACAACUGUUUCGAAAUUUCUAGAUACCAAAUCGUCUUCCGAACAGAUAUUUUCCACAAAUUAUCGUUGUGUGCCCCUGUUUUAAAACUGAGGAUUAAUGAUAACAUGUGUUUAGUUUAAGUCUCCCAUGACUGCGAAAUGUGACAGCAUAGGCCACGUAUUGUUAAAGGCUGGGUCGUAAAUAAAACUCAGAAACGGACCAUUACAAACGUCAUUGGAAGCGUACGCGGCGAUAUACAACUGUACAACUAACAACUGUAAAUUACUGCAGAACCGCUAAGUUAAAGGAAGAGGUUCUGCCGUAAAAAGGAAACGAAUAAAAGGGACAAAAGGUUUGAGAGUAUUUUUUCGUUGUCAAAAGCAGCAAAGAAAAAAAUGCAUUUUCUUGUGGCACGUACGCCCUUCAGCGUCCACUGCAAAAUACAAUUCAAAAAUUUAAACAGGAAGUUUAAGAGGCAAGGUGUUGUCUUUUACACAAAAUCAAUUAAAUGAUAAUGCCCCUUUGAAAUGUUGUUGUCGCUUUAUAAAUUUUGGUCACCUGUGUUUAAAUACGUAAAGGGCGUAUUUCUACGAGCAAUAAUAUGUAUCACCAGAGUUUAAAAUGUCCACUCAAUAAUUAUAUAUACUCAUAUUGGUUUCCAGAUAUCUUUUUAAUCGAUUUCUAAAUACAACCACCAUGGCUUUAAACUGAUAGCAUUCUUUAGUCUGUUCAGCUUGAAAGGAUGGCCAUAUCAGUCUUAAUAACAAUUCAGGAUUGUGCUCAGGCUUCCCAAGGGGACAUAGAAAUUUAAGUUUCAAAAAUUUGGAUCUUAACUGAUCAAUAUACCGGAUAUACUGCGUUGUACAGAAGGCGCACAACAAACAUAAACUCGACAAUGGGGAAUGGAUCGAUCCAGUCUUGGAACUGUUUUAAACGAUUUACCAAGAAGAGACAAAACUACAGUGAUGAUAAAUUUUUAGUGUUCGCAGAUGAAAAAAUUUCCCGCGCCCUUGACAACAAGAUUCCCCGCUAAUGAAAAUAACUUUUCACACACCAGUGUUUAGUAAAAUUUGCAUUAAGCACGUAUUUUUAACUACAUUUUCAACAGUCUUGGAGCUGCUUCAAACAGUUUACGGAGAAAAGACAGAAUUACCGACUAGUGAUAAAUUGAGUAUGUGAUUUACGCUGCAACCUCAAAGUCUGAAAUAGUGAUCAAAAGAAACCUUCUCUUGUCAUGAAUUUGUUGUAAUGAAACAUAUAUAUCCUGUGUGAAUAAAUUACACUUUCUAGGGAAAAAUACCUAUCGAAAAUACCGUUGGUCGUGAUCUGAAUUAAAAGAAAAUUAAUUAUCUAUGCUCCUUAUUUAUGGUGUUUGUAGCUAGUGCACUAUUUUUUCCUUUUUAUCGAUCAAUAAGCAGUUGAUGAUUUUUAAACAAAGAUAUACGAAUAAUAAUAAUUAUAUGGAAUAUCUCCUAGUUAUUCUUAAGUGUAUUUGUGAAGAUUGACAUCUACUGUUGUAACUUCUGCUGUUCAGCACGUAUAUUGCCUUUUUUAAUUUGUCCUUCAAUCACAUUCGUAGUUAAUAAUUAAUUGAUACAAAAGUCUAGCCAAUUAUUUUCGAUUAAUACCUUCCGGUAGAUCGACUAACUGACAUGAUUUUGAAACUGUAAUUUUAGUACCUUCCUCUCUGUUAUUGUUUAAAUUUUGUUUAGGAGCCAGUAUUGUGUUCUCUCUCAUUGCUCUCCUUGUGUUAUUUCGACUGGACAACCCAAGCUUUUAAAGAGCGUCAAGGAGCAAUUAGGAAAGAAUUUCUUUCAGACAAAGUAAGUACCGUAAAAUUCCGAAAAUAAGCCCCUCCAUGUAUAAGCCCCUCCAAAUAUAAGCCCCCCAAACCGGUGACGCAAAAACUGAGCAGUCAAAGGAGUAACAAGCCCUUGUCAGAAAAACGUGCCAGUUUCUCUUUGCCGACAGCAGACUUUUGGUUUUCCCAUUAAUAGGUUGAUCGAGAAGUAAAUGUUACAAAAACUUCAUGUUUUAUGCACACGUGAUAAUAUGCACUUAUUUUUUCCUCAUAUUCACCUGUUAAGCCUGUGCUUAAUGGCCUGAAGGCAGCUUCGCCUCUGCUUCCUGUGGUCAACUGUCAAACUUGUGUAGUUGAUGAUGGUACUACCAUAGAUAUCAUUUUUUAAUGUGUUAAAACACACUUGUUUAAUCAUCUUCUCAAUCGAUUUCUUUAUACAACCACCUGACCUAAAUGAAGUCUUUUGGUUGGUUUAUAACAUACUAAUACCCCACUGUUUCUGUCGAGUCGGCGGAUAAUGCCGGAAAUUUACAAUACAAAGUCACUUUUUGAAGGCCUCAGAGGACAGCUGUGCUGUGGCUUCGCAGGGGGCUUACAAUUGUCAAUAAAAGUUCUGACUCACACAGGAUACGCAAUAUACAGUUCAAAGUUACUUGACUGCAUGUGUACGACUCUGUAGAUACGUUGCAAAGCUAAGCAUGAACUCAACGGCGAACGGCUCCAGCGGAUCUUGGACCUGCUUAAAUUUUACUGUGUGGAAAAUCGGAGGAACCGUUACCUACUGUCUGAUCUUUAUCGUUUCACUGGUCGCAAAUUCUCUCAUUGUUAUGAUCGUUUAUAAAACGCCGAACUUAAGAAAACCGAUAAAUUUUUUCAUCGCAAACAUGGCCUCAUCUGAUCUGCUGUAUCCAAUAUUCUGGAUACCUUGGAACCUGUCACUCUUGCACGCCAACUCGUUUGUUAUCGGUGGUCAGCUUGGUCAGGCCUUGUGUAAGCUUCCCCCUUUCUUUUCUACCGUUUCCAUUGCCGUUUCGAUUCAGAAUCUCAUUCUGAUAGCAGUGGAUCGAUUUGGAGCCGUGGCGUUUCCACUCCGUUCCCCACUCAUCAGAUCCAAGCUGUGUCCUUUCUUCAUUCUCGCUACAUGGAUAGUUGCCGCAGCGGUCAGUUCGCCAUUAUUGUUCGCUUACCAGCUCGUUGAAUACCCAGAGGGAAACUGGUGUGUUACGAAAUGGAAGAAAGCAUUCGCAGAGUCAUCGUCCAGUGCCAGUUUCUUACUAGCUUUCUCCAUUCUGUUUACGUACAUACCAGUGCUGUUGCUAGUCAUUCUUUACUCCAUCAUUGUUAUCAAGGUCAAGACACAGGCACACCCAGGUGAACAGUCCGCCAACAGUCAGCAACAGCGGGACAGAAGAAACCGAAACGUGCUUCAAAUGUCCAUUGCCAUCGUAACAGUGUUGGGGCUUUGCUGGUUACCUUACUCUAUCAACGCUUUAAUCAUAUCGUAUCAGGACACGCAUUUCUCGUGUAGUUUCUCGAUAUACGCCACAGUCACCUUUUUUAUGGGUACCACGUACUGUGCUAUCAACCCAGUUAUCUGUUUUCUGUUUAGCAGUAAUUACCGAAAAGCUCUUAAAAGACUCAUUAAAUGUUCUUUUGUACAGGCGUAG